CAAACCCUCGAUCGCGUUGGUCGUGUUUUGUCGUCGCCUCCUCCGAUUCGUGUUCGUUCUUGUGUUGUUUGCUGUUCUUGCAUCAUCUCGCGCUCCUUCUCGUUCCAGUCUCCUCUCGCGAUCGUUGUGUUUAGGCUACUCGUCGCGGUGUCCAGCAACACCUCUCUGCUUGGUUGUUGAUGUUAGUGUUGCUUGAGCGAUUAGCGAUUUUGUUUACCAUUCGGGACGUGAUAACACAUGAGUUCGAGUGCGUAGCGGUUAUUUGCGUUGUACUACUGUUCAGUGUUUUGACCUAUUGAGAGGGUCGCGUGCACCUUCCCGACUCCUCCACGAUCUCUUCCUGUGAGGCGUAGUACUCAGUGGCAAGGUUUAAUUGAGCGCAACAAGUAGAGCAAAUUAAGGUCCCCGUUGACGAGACUCUAUUAGUCGCUCCGUGACCGUCACUACAUGGCGGGGGGUGGCCGGAGAAGAAAUUUAAAGGUCAAUUCCGCUAAUAGAAUAAGUGACUUUGUGACGACGUCGGCGACGACGACAAGUGCUAAUUAGUGAUCUCAACGACUCUCUGUCAACCCCGUUGAGCAGUGGGAAACUGCAGUGUGGAAAAGGUAUUGUGAUCGGAUGGGGUUAAGCCGAAGUAGAUUAACGAAGUAAAACCCGUUGAGAGAGUGUGUAGCCCAAUUUCGGCAGUGAAACAGAAACCGGUGUAAAAUACCAGGAAUUAAGCAUCAUUAACGGGUGUGUGGAGGAAAAAAACAAAAGCUCAGGCCUUAAAGGAGCCGAAGGCUCGGUGGAUCAAUUGGGUUGUGAUUAUCGCGCGUUUAUGUUUGAUUCUUGGGCAUUGUUCACGCAUAGACGGUGUUUCAAGACGUUGCACUACUUAACGUUGAGCGGGCUCGUUUGACAGAUUGGCAACACUGCUUUUUACAUCAAAUUGGAAGGAUUCCUGAAAAGUUAAUGAGUGUCUUGUCCUUGGAAGUGAUGCUUUGACAGUUAUGGAAGUCUGUUAAUCGUCUAGAAAAUCAUUCUAUGGCCGCACUGCUGAUAGAGAAGAAACAGUGGCGAGGAAGACGAAUAAAAUCGUUUCCUUGAAUCCCCACCGAAAAAAAUCGAAAGAAACCCGUGGAAUACAACUGCAACGUAGACAAGAGAGAUAACAACAACAGAGAAAAGCGUAGAAUCGGUCCAGGUCGUCGCGGGAGUCGCUUCCUCCCGGUACGCGGGAAAAAAGUGAAAGAAGGAAACAAUUACCGUACCGUGUGGAGAGAGUAAUUACCCCCGAAAAAAAACAACGACCCGGCACAAGAAAUUUAAAGAAACACAAAAAAUCAGGUGGUUGAACCGAUGAGAACCCGCUGCCGGGGUAGCCUCCUCCGAUAGUUGGAGUCUAACGGGCAAGCAGCAUCAGCAGUGAUUGGGAACGAUGAGCUUCCGGGUGCUGGGAGCACUGGUCUGGUGCCAGAUGGCGGUGCUGCUGGGCGCCGCUUCCGGGAACCAUCACAACACGUCACAUUCGAGAGACUGUUCCACGCUUCAUCCGGCGUGCGUUCGCUGCACCGAGCGGGGCUGCGUCAAAUGUGCCGACCUGCUGCUGCGGAUAGACACGCGCGAGUGCGUCCCGGACUGUCCCGGCGGCUACGCGGCCCAGUGGUCCACGACGUCGGAGUUUAUGGGUCGCAUCUGCUACCCGGUGGGCUUUUCCGGCUCGUUCCUGGCGGCGGUCGUCGGGAUCGCUGCCGGCGCGGUGCUGUGCAUCGUGCUGAUCAUCGCCGCCAUGGCCGUGAUCCGGCGGAAGCAGAAGCGAAAAAAGUACCGCGAAACGUUCAUCGACGAGAACAUCGACCGGUUGGAGUUUGUGAAGCAGCUCGAUGAGUUGAGGCCGCAAGCGGAGUACUUUCUGCAGAUGUUGAACGACACGCGUCGUCAGAUCCGGAAGUUGCACCUUUCGGGAGAUGCUUCCGGUGCGGCCACGUACCAUCCGGUGGUACGGGAUCUGGCCAAAAUCCUGAUUCUGCUCAACAAACCGGUAGAACUGAUCAGUUCACCGCCACACGACUGGCAGCGGCUGUACGUGUGGGCCGAACGCGUCCUGGACCGGUACAAACCGGAACUGACCCAGCUGAUCGAGUUCCUGCAGCAACCCUCCCUCCCAUCGUCAGCUUCCGAUCCGCGGCUCGGAACCAGCGAACAUUCCACCUUCAAGUCCAAAUUCAGCAACGGCAGCUCGACGACCGGAGCGGCCAACGAGAGCGACACCUCGCCCAGUCUCAGUGCCAAAAAUCAGCGCAAUCUGCUGCAGCCGGAAACGGCCAGCACCACCAAACAGAACCACUUCCUCGGUUCGCUCAUCAGUCUGCACGAGUUUGACGAGCGGUCGUCCUCGUCGCACGUGACGGACGCCGGCAACGCCAGCAACCCGUUCGGGGACACGUUUGACCACGUCCGGUCGUACCUGUCCACGUCCGGCAUCAACGACAGCUCGCUGUGGCUGCAGGACGAGUUCUUCAAGCUGGGCUUCCGACCGCAGGACGAAAUCACCACCGAGCUGUAGAAAAAACAUUCCACCGCGCGGACCGGAAGUGCGUCGUUCCCUGGUUUUGGAACGGGUUCGCAGACUUUCGUGGGAUCUCGCGUCGCGAGAGUGAAAAAAAUAAUAAUGAUACAAUCACGAAACUAGUCACAAAUCGUAAUAAUUGUAAAGAGUUCUUUUUUUUUGUCUGUCUACGUUAUAAUGCAAUUCGUACGAAGUAUUUAUGUACAUUCGAGCAACUGUGAAAAAGAUGCCUUUUUAGCAAUAUGUAAAAUUAAAAAAUGCAAAUUUUUCGAUAAAUAUUUCUGAGCAAACGGACAAUAGCAGUAGACUAUGUAUUGUUGAAAUACUUUCGAAGUAGUAGCGUACUUUAUAAAUGUGUGUAAUACACACAUAAGGUUUAUA